AUGACUUCCUAUUGGUACGCUCUCUAAUAUCUUUACAUGGGUAUUGUUUCAGUCCUCCAAUUUCUUGUACCCUUUUUCGUAUUGGGAUUGAGUUAUGUUUGGCUUGGUGAAAAAUUUAAAAAGCUUGAACUAAUUAAUAUGAUAUUUGCUUUCAUUGGAAUGAUAAUUGUAGUAAUGGCAUAAGAUAACAGAUAAAAUGAAGUCGAUUUAAAGAAGUCAUAGUAUGAUCCAACUAACAUUUCUAACACAUAAUUCUGGCUUGCCAACAUAUCGAAUCUUUGUUGUACAUUUACUAUAUCUAUUGUUUUCACUAUUGCAAGGAAAAUGAAAAAUGUGCACUAUGUGAUUAUAAAUGGAUUUUACUCUUGUAUCCUACUAGUACUUUCAAGCAUCAUAUUUUUCGGAGUAAAAAAUUAAGGUUUAAAUGUCAGUAAAUACAAUCUAGAUUUUAAUUAGCUGAUUCUGAUAUCUUUAAUAGGAGUCUCAGCAACAAUAUCAAAUGGUUUUACAAUAAAAGCAUUCUAAUACGACUAAGCAGGUAGAAUAUCAUCCCUCUGCUUUCUUGAAAUAAUUAUCUCUUAUAUUGGAGAUAUAGUCCUACUUGGCUAUUCUAUGAAAUUAUUAGAAAUUGUUGGCUGUUUAGUCAUUGUCAUUUGUUCUGUAAUUACUUUCUUAUUUAAAAUAUUCAAAUACACUUAAGAAGAUGCUGCCGAAUAAGUUUAAUUUGAUGAUAUUUUGUAGUAAGAGAAAGAUGAUUAGUCAGAAAGAAAAAUUUAAAAUCAAUGA